AUGCUCGUCCUCAUCGCCUUCCUGAUCAUACUCGGGGCCGCUGCGUACCUCUACACCCAACCCCAUCACCAUAGCACGACCACUCGCCAUAUCGUCGCCCCAGACCAAUGCCGUCUCCUCAUCGCCGGCAAGCUACAGUGGCAGGGCCACCCGAAUGUGUUGAAUCCUCACCAGUCAAGGGCUCUGCCAAAUCAGCAUUUCAAUAUCGCCUUUGGCAUUGAAAAUGCCUUUACCAGUUCCAACCCGGUCUACGUCAAGAAGUUUGUGGGCAAAGUGAAAAACAUGAUCAAUCUUUCACCGCAGAAAUGGGUUGAUAUGGCCCAGUUUACCAGAGACACGGCGCGGACAUGGAUUGAACCUGGUCUCAACGUCGACGGGAUCUUCAACGUCGAGAUCGACGAUGUUGGAAGUGAAGCAACGCUCGCCCAUGGCGAGGGCCCUCCAGAAGAGAUCCGCGUCCAUCUUACGAGUCUGGUCCAGGCUCUCUCGCUAAGGGUCGUUCUAUGGGCGAUCUUCAACUGGAAGAUGGGCGAGGAUGAUAUCAAGAACUGGAAUCUGCUUGAAUUAGCAAACUCAAUCAACCGCGUCUGGAUCGCAUCAAAGAAACAGCAGCCCGUUCCUCGAUUUGAGGAUGAUGUUUUGUUGCGAAAUGCCCUCUGCGAGUUCGAGCCUCGCGAGCGUGGCAAAGAGAACCCGCUGAACUGGAUCCUGCCAUCGUUUGAAACAGUCUGGCGCGUCGUCCUGUGCGCGUUCCUUGAGCUGCGCUUCACGACGGGUCUUUGCCACCGCGAAUGGAGAGCUGCGCUCGUUAAUUUUGCGCGAGUGCCCACUCAGGACCAGUUCACGCGGUUUCCACCGUUUCCACCGGCUCCAACGGCGAGUACUGGUGGUCUUGCCGGCCGCGAGAGACAGACUGGUAGCAACAUGCCGCAACCCAUCAAGUCUGGCACCCAUCUGUGCACCAGUGCCUCAGUGCAGAAUAUCGUCUCCGAAUUGCUUCGGCUGUAUGCGCCCACACGCAGAAUCAAGCGUGCGUACCGCAUGUCCGAAUCCCAUCCUAAUAUCUUCGGCGUUGCAGCCCAGCAACAAGACUAUAUCCUCGCAGCCGACAUCGAAAGUUGCCAUCUCUCGCCGCUGAUCUGGGGUGCCGAUGGCAAGACGUUCAAUCCGGACCGCUGGACCCAUCUGACUCCGGCUCAGAGACAGGCUUUCAUGCCGUUCGGCGUGACGCCAUUCGAAUGCCCUGCGAAGCCUGUUUUUGCCCCCCGCUUGAUUGCUCUGUUGCUGGGGGCGCUGUUUGAUGGGUUAGGGGCUCGAACGGGCAGGCAGAGACAGUGGAGGUUGGAUUGCAAAGAUAAGGAGAUUUUGAAGGAACUGGUUCCUGGGAUGCGGUUGGAUGUUGACCGCGAUAGUACGUAUGACACCCUGGAGUUGGUGGGCACUUGGGAAUAG